AUGGCCGACUACGAGGAGGGAUACGAAGAUGGGUAUUACGUGGAGGAGGAAGAAGGCAUCACCGCCGAAGACUGCUGGACCGUCAUCUCGGCAUUCUUUGAUGCCAAGGGAUUGGUCUCGCAGCAGCUCGAUUCUUUCGAUGAAUUCGUGUCCACCACCAUGCAAGAGCUCGUGGAGGAGAACUCCCAGCUCACCCUCGACCAGCAUGCGCCUCAGACCGAUGACGACCGAGAUCCGAUUGCGCUCCGAAGAUACGAGAUCAAAUUCGGUACCGUGCUACUCUCGAGACCGGCAAUGACUGAGGGCGAUGGAAGCACCAGUGUCAUGCUGCCCCAAGAAGCCCGGCUGCGAAAUCUCACAUAUUCGAGUCCGUUGUACCUUGAAAUGACCAAGCGGGUCAUGAUAGCACGAGAGCGACAGGCAGUGGAUAAGGUCGAUGAGGAUGGUAUGCCAAUGGAGGUGGAUGGCGAGCGUGGCGGUACAUACCUCGACUGGGAGAAUGAGGAUGGCAUGGAGGACGAGGCGGAGCCGACCAAGGUCUUCGUCGGAAAACUACCUAUCAUGUUGAAGUCCAAGUACUGUAUCCUCAAGGAUUUGAGCGAGCAGGAGUUGUAUACCUGGAACGAGUGCCCUUACGAUCAGGGUGGAUACUUCAUUAUCAACGGUAGUGAGAAGGUCUUGAUUGCCCAAGAACGAAGCGCUGCAAACAUCGUUCAGGUGUUCCAUAAGAAGGGUGACAAGACGCCUUACGUCGCUGAGAUUCGAAGUGCCCUCGAGAAAGGCUCUCGUCUCAUUUCCAGUAUGCAGGUCAAGCUUUUCGCCAGAGGCGAAGGCGCUAAAGGUGGCUUCGGUCAGACUAUCAAGUGUACUCUGCCGUACAUCAAGUCUGAGAUUCCUAUUGCUAUUGUCUUCCGAGCCUUGGGCGUCGUUUCAGAUGAAGAUAUCCUGAACCACAUCUGCUACGACCGGAACGACACUGAAAUGCUGGAGAUGCUUAAACCCUGUAUCGAAGAGGCUUUCGUCAUCCAGGAUCGUGAGGUCGCGUUGGACUUCAUUGGCAAGCGUGGAAACUCGACUGGUGUUACUCGUGACAAGCGUAUCAAGUAUGCUCGGGAUAUCAUGCAGAAGGAAUUGCUCCCUCACAUUUCACAAAAGGAGGGCAGUGAGACAAGGAAGGCCUUCUUCCUUGGUUAUAUGAUCCACCGCAUGUUGCAAUGUGCUCUUGGCCGUCGCGAAGUCGAUGACCGAGAUCAUUUCGGAAAGAAGCGACUUGACUUGGCUGGACCGUUGCUUGCAAGCUUGUUCCGAAUGCUUUUCAACAAGCUGACAAAAGACGUGUACAAGUACCUUCAGAAGUGUGUUGAGAACAACCGCGAGUUCAACUUGACGCUUGGUGUCAAGUCGACUACUAUCACCAAUGGUCUCAAGUAUUCCUUGGCUACUGGUAACUGGGGUGACCAGAAGAAGGCUAUGUCUUCCAAGGCGGGUGUCUCUCAGGUGCUCAACAGAUACACAUUCUCGUCUACACUUUCGCAUCUUCGGCGAACAAACACUCCAAUCGGUCGUGAUGGCAAGAUUGCCAAACCGCGACAGCUACAUAACACUCACUGGGGUCUUGUUUGCCCUGCUGAGACGCCUGAAGGACAGGCUUGCGGUCUUGUCAAGAACUUGGCACUCAUGUGUUACAUCACUGUUGGUACGCCUAGCGAGCCUAUCAUUGAGUUCAUGAUUCAGCGAAACAUGGAGGUUCUAGAAGAAUAUGAGCCCCAGCGAUCACCCAAUGCAACCAAGGUCUUCGUCAACGGUGUUUGGGUUGGUGUCCACAGAGAUCCUACUCAUCUCGUCAACACUGUCAUCUCUCUUAGAAGAAGACACAUGAUCUCUCACGAGGUCAGUUUGGUGCGAGAUAUUCGAGACCGUGAAUUCAAGAUCUUCACCGACGCUGGUCGUGUGUGCCGACCGCUCUUCGUCAUUGACAAUGACCCGAAGAGCCCGAACCGUGGAAAUCUUGUUCUCAACAAGGAACACAUUAUGCGACUUGAAGAUGAUAAGGAGCUUGAUCCCAACCUUGAUCCUGAGGAAAAGGAGGAAAGAACUUUUGGCUGGAAGGGAUUGGUCAACACUGGUGUGGUUGAAUAUCUUGACGCAGAAGAGGAGGAAACGGCAAUGAUUGUCAUGACGCCGGAAGACCUGGAGAUUUCACGACAACUUCAAGCCGGUUACGCCCUACCCGAGGACAAGUCUGAUCCGAAUAAACGUGUCAAGGCCCCUAUCAACCCUACCGCCCACACCUGGACGCACUGCGAGAUUCACCCGAGUAUGAUUCUUGGUAUUUGCGCCAGUAUCAUUCCUUUCCCUGACCACAACCAGUCUGCCAUGGGUAAACAAGCCAUGGGUGUAUUCCUUACAAACUUUGACCAGCGUAUGGAAACUCUUGCAAAUAUCUUGUAUUACCCGCAGAAGCCUCUGGCCACGACACGGUCCAUGGAAUUCCUCAAAUUCCGUGAGCUUCCGGCCGGCCAGAACGCCAUUGUGGCUAUUGCAUGCUACUCCGGUUACAAUCAGGAAGAUUCCGUCAUUAUGAACCAGAGUAGUAUCGACCGAGGACUUUUCCGCAGUCUGUUCUACCGGUCUUACACCGACCAAGAGAAGCGUGUCGGCAUGUCGGUUGUCGAGCAGUUCGAGAAGCCUUAUCGAAGUGACACUCUCAAAUUGAAGCACGGCACCUACGACAAGCUCGACGACGACGGCAUCGUCGCUCCGGGUGUCCGGGUCUCUGGCGAGGACAUCAUCAUUGGAAAGACUGCACCAAUUGCUCCUGAUGCCGAAGAGCUCGGCCAGCGGACGAAGCUGCACGUCAAGCGCGAUGUCUCCACACCUUUAAGAAGCACGGAGAACGGUAUUGUCGAUCAGGUCCUCAUGACCACCAACGCUGAGGGCCUUCGCUUCGUCAAGGUCCGUAUGCGAACAACCAAGAUUCCCCAGAUUGGCGACAAAUUUGCCUCUCGUCACGGUCAGAAGGGUACUAUUGGUGUUACCUACCGACAAGAAGACAUGCCAUUUACCCGUGAGGGUAUCACGCCGGACUUGAUCAUCAACCCGCACGCCAUUCCGUCGCGUAUGACCAUUGCCCACUUGAUCGAGUGUCAGCUUAGUAAGGUCUCUUCGCUGCGUGGAUUCGAAGGUGACGCGACUCCCUUCACCGAAGUCACUGUCGACUCUGUCUCUCGAUUGCUUCGCGAGCACGGCUACCAAUCGCGUGGUUUUGAAGUCAUGUACAACGGCCACACUGGCCGCAAGCUGACUGCCCAAGUCUUCUUCGGUCCUACGUACUACCAGCGUCUUCGACACAUGGUCGACGACAAGAUCCACGCGCGUGCUCGUGGACCUGUCCAGAUUCUUACUCGCCAGCCUGUCGAGGGUCGUGCCCGUGAUGGUGGUCUCCGUUUCGGAGAAAUGGAACGUGACUGUUUCAUCGCCCACGGUGCCGCCGCUUUCUUGAAGGAGCGUCUUUUCGAGGUAUCGGAUGCCUAUCGUGUCCAUAUUUGCGAUAUUUGCGGCCUCAUGACUCCUAUUGCAAACCUUAAGAAGAACUCUUUCGAGUGCCGACCUUGCAAGAACAAGACAAAGAUCUCACAGGUCCAUAUUCCGUAUGCCGCCAAGCUGCUCUUCCAAGAGCUCGCGUCCAUGAACAUUGCUGCCAGAAUGUACACGAAGCGGUCCGACGUCAGCGUUCGUUGA